UAUGCGCCCGGACGAACUAAAAGCAUGGGUGCGUGAGGUAACGCGCAGAGUGACAACCGCUAGCUCACAGCCUGUGGUGAUCCGCAUCCCGAGACGCAUGCAAGAACAUAUAGAGAACAUCAAACAGAUGCAAAGCAAGAAGUUCGACAAGCUGCCAACCGUCAAGCCUGGAAGACUGUUGAUCAAGUGCAAAAACCCUCAGCUAAACCAGUCUGUCGGCUAUACACUUGGGAAAUUUGAACAACCUGUUCAGACAUCCAAAGGAUGGAAGAGUAACAAAGCGUUAGGGGAUUACUUCUCCAUAAACAGUAUCCAAAGUGCUCCACCAUCUGUCCUCAAGCAGAAGGACAAGGGUGAUGAUGGUGCUUCCGCCCCCCAAAAGAAAUUUAAUAGCUUUAAUAUUUGUCCAGAACUGGUCGAGACUUUACACAGUCAGAAUAUAAUUCACCCCACCACAGUGCAGAUCCAAACCAUUCCCAAAAUACUAAAAGGACGCAACAUUCUCUGUGCUGCAGAGACGGGAAGCGGAAAAACACUCGCUUACCUCCUUCCCAUCAUCCACAGGCUGCAAGCGGACAGGCAAGAGGAGCCCUUCACAGACUCUGAGAGAAACAUUCGUGCUGUGGUCAUCGUGCCAUCACGGGAACUAGCAGAACAAGUGACAUCUGUAGCUCGAUCAAUCAGCAAACCAUUUGGACUUGUGGUCAAGGUCGCAGGAGGUGGGAGAGGUGUAGGAAACAUCAAAGCGGCAUUCACUCACGGUCAGCCGGAUGUUUUAGUGGCCACUCCUGGCGCCCUACUAAAGGCCCUCUGGAAGCGGUUCAUUAACUUGAAUGAACUAAACUUCCUAGUCAUUGAUGAAGCUGACACUAUGUUUGAUGAAAGCUUUGCAGGCAUGCUUGAGAAUAUUCUUUCACAUACCGAGGUGGCAUCCAGGCUCUCUGAGACGGUUGGGCUCGUCCGUAAAGCUCAGCUGGUUGUGGUGGGAGCCACAUUUCCGGGUGGCGUAGGAGAGGUCCUCAGUAAGGUGACUGACCUGGCCAGCAUGGUGACCGUUAAAAGCCGGAUGCUACAUCAUCUCAUGCCGCAUGUAAAGCAGACGUUUCUCAGGGUCAAAGGUGCAGACAAGAUUCUAGAGCUUCAGCAGGCCCUGAAGAAGGCCGAAAUGGAGCAUAAAGGCGUUUUGGUGUUCUGUAACUCUGCUUCCACUGUGAACUGGCUGGGCUACUCACUGGAGGAAAUGGGUGUUCAUCAUAUGAGGCUCCAGGGAGAGAUGCCUGCGACUAUGAGAGAAGGAAUUUUCAGGAACUUUCAAAGAGGGAAUGUUGAUGUUCUGAUAUGCACUGACAUAGCUUCAAGAGGUUUGGACACACAGAGAGUUGGACUUACCGUCAAUUAUGACUUCCCUGAGACCCACACAGAUUACAUCCACCGGGCAGGGCGCGUGGGCAGAGCCGGUGGCUCCGAGGGAGGGGAGGUGCUGAGCUUCGUUACUCACCCGUGGGAUGUGGAACUUGUGCAGAGAAUAGAGACAGCAGCCAGGAGGAGAACAUCUUUACCAGGGAUGGAAUCAGAAAUUCAGAAACCCAGCAAUAAAACAGAAAGAGAGAUGAAAGAAAAGUGAUGUAGAAAAGUGAAUAAAUUAAGAUCUACACUUUAGCCUUACAAAA